AGCUGUGAACCAAUUGAUUCACGCUUAAGCCUUGUGUUUUUUCCGACUUUACAAGGCUGCUAGGAAAAGUGGGGGAGUGACGACUUGUUCCUGGAAGAGCCAGCCUGCGGAGUCAGUCACAUUUUUGGCUGGGAUUCAAUGACUGAGCCAGACACACACAAACACAGAUAGGGGCUGCGAGGGAGAGAGAGGGGCGAGUGAGUGAGCAAGCGCAACCCAGCUCACAGACUAGCCAUCUCCAGUACACAGGCAUAUCGAACAGCAGGGGCAGACAGAGUGUAUGCGUGCGGCUAUACUGCAGUAUUCCACAGUUUAAAGGAGGUUCCACGCGGGUUAUUACUGUGUUUUAUACCGGAUACAUAGAGGGAGAAGGCUUUGCUUUAUCGGUCGAUACUUUUUCUGAAACUUCAAAAGCAUUAUUAAUUUUUUGGAGGAGUUUCAGAGGGACGCGUUUUAGAUAUGGACUGUCAGGAGUGUACUGCAGGGAAAGACUCGCCCGUGUCACCAUUCGCUUAGUAGGCUAGUCAACGGAAUUGGAAACUCACUGCUCGGUACUUUUUUGUGGAUGUUUGAUGAAGCGCUUUCUGCACUUGGCUAAUUCUCGGAGACCUUGGAUUUACAAGGAACCCGAACCUAUCGUGGCGUUCAAUUGUUUUAGUUUGCCCCAGUUGAAAGGAACUCUCGCUUUCAAAGUCGUAGUGAAAACAUGGAGACUGUAACUCGACAAAGCUUCCAACCUCACCCAGGACUGCAACAAACUCUCAAGCAGUUUCAUCUGAGUUCUAUGAUCUCCCUCGGCGGACCGGCGGCGUUUUCUGCUCGAUGGCCACAUGACCUCCUGUUCAAGAAGGAUGGGAAAGAGCCCGAGCCCGUGCUGCAUCUUCCAAUGCAGCCGCCGACAGUGAUGCCGGGACCACUCUUCAUCCCCUCCGACCGCUCCACUGAGAGGUGCGAGACGGUCCUGGAGACCGAGACUGUCUCCUGUUUCGUGGUCGGCGGCGAGAAACGGCUGUGCCUGCCGCAGAUCCUCAACACCGUACUGCGGGAUUUCUCCCUUCAACAGAUCAACUCGGUGUGCGACGACCUCCACAUCUACUGCUCCAGGUGCACGGCAGAACAGCUGGAGAUCCUCAAAGUCAUGGGAAUUCUCCCCUUCUCGGCGCCUUCCUGCGGACUCAUCACCAAAACGGAUGCGGAGCGCCUGUGCAAUGCCCUGAUUUACGGAGGUACCUACCCGCCGCACUGCAAGAAAGAGUUCACGGGCUCACUGGAGCUGGAGUUUACGGAGAAAAGCCUCAAAAUAUACCACGAGUGUUUCGGAAAGUGCAAGGGUCUCUUCGUCCCGGAGCUGUACACCAGCCCCAACGCAGCCUGCAUCCAGUGCAUGUACUGCAGACUCAUGUACCCGACCCAUAAGUUCGUGGUGCACAGUCACAAAUCGUUGGAAAACAGGACUUGCCACUGGGGCUUCGACUCCGCCAACUGGAGGGCAUACAUCCUCUUGGACCAGGAUUACACAGGGAAAGAGGAGAAGGCGCGCCUGGAGCAGCAUUUGGACGAGAUUAAAGAGAAAUUUGAUUUCGCCAACAAAUAUAAGAGGAAAGCAUCCAGGGCGUCAGAUCCCAUUCCAGCCAAGAAGUCUAAACAUGAAGACUUCCCAUCGCUAACCCUGUCCGAGAAGCAACCGGAUUGGCUACGAUCCCUCUCGGCUUCGGCCAAUAAGGGGCUCAACUGCUUCCAGCCCAGACAGAGGCCCUCGGCUUUCAGGCCCUGGUCCCCUAACCUCUCAGCUGGGGACAAAGACAUGCCCAGCCGCCCUCUGGCUCUCCUGAGAGACAGCCUUUACAACUUCAAGACCAUGGAGAACGCUGUGUCCCCAAACGUGGCCCUCACACCCCCACCCCUGACAAAGGCAGGGCCUCUGUCGCCGUCCGUGCCUAGCACCUCCCACCCCAGUGCCGGCAAGGCCCCAGGAAAGGGGGCCAGCCCCAUAUCCAGGACCCGGAAGAGGAGGGCCACAGGGGAGCUCCCGCACCCAGGCCACGAGCCCCCCUGCUCCCCUGCAGCCAGCAAGCUCCCACCCCAGGAGAACAAGGACUCAGAAGUGGAGAUCGAGGUGGAGAGCCGAGAGGAAUUCACAUCGUCCCUGUCCUCCCUCUCCUCCCCAACCUUCACCUCCUCCAGCUCUGCCAAGGACAUAAGCUCGCCCGGCGCCCAGGUCCCAGUGUGUACGGUGACGUCGGCGGUGUUGAGCCCCGAGGACGGCCCUCUCGCUGGGGUAGCAGCAGCAGCAAUGGCGGUGGUGUUGGCCCCUGAGGGCCCUGGGCCGGGGGGUCUGGAAUCAGAGUUGGAGAUCCUGAGGCAGGCGCUGGACAGCGGGCUGGACUCCAAGGAGUCUAAGGAGAAGUUUCUGCAUGAGAUCGUCAAGAUGCAGGUGAAGCAGGAGGAGAAGCUGGGCUCAGCCCUGCAGGCCAAACGCAGCCUUCAACAGGAGUUGGAGUUCCUGCGAUUGGCUAAGAAAGAGAAGCUCAGGGAGGCCACGGAGGCCAAGCGGAACCUGAGGAAGGAGAUUGAGCGCCUUCGUGCCGAGAGCGAGAAAAAGAUAAAGGAGGCAAACGAGUCACGCGUGCAUCUGAAGAGGGAGCUGGAGCAUGCCCGGCAGCUCAGAGUGUGUGACAAGGGCUGCGAGGCAGGUCGCCUGCGCGCCAAGUACUCCACACAGAUCGAGGACCUGCAGAUGAAGCUCCAGCAUGCCGAGGCGGACCGCGAGCAGCUCCGGGCAGACCUACUGCAGGAGCGGGAAGCCAGGGAACACCUGGAGAGAGUGGUCAAGGAGCUGCAGCGGCAGCUGUGGCCCAAGGAGCAGAACACGCCUACCGAGGACAACCCCGUCAACAACUAACCCUUCCCAUGAACAACCCCGCGCCAAUCCCCCACUAUCAGCACCCAAAAUAAAACUACGCCUGAGACCACCGACACAGAAUAGAGAAAAGAAGAAAUAUCAAACCUCUAUGUUUGCGUGUAUCCAUCCUCACACAAAUUGUAUGAGUGCUUGGAUGCAUCCUUGGAGAGAGAAACAAAGGAAAUCAAACUUGGUAUUUGUACAUUUGUACCAAGUUGUUGGUAUUUGUACAUUUGUACCAAGUUGUUACUAGUUGUUGGUAUUUGUACAUGUACCAAGUUGUUACUAGUUGUUGGUAUUUGUACAUGUACCAAGUUGUUACUAGUUGUUGGUAUUUGUACAUAUACCAAGUUGUUACUAGUUGUUGGUAUUUGUACAUGGACCAAGUUGUUACUAGUUGUUGGUAUUUGUACAUGGACCAAGUUGUUACUAGUUGUUGGUAUUUGUACAUGUACCAAGUUGUUACUAGUUGUUGGUAUUUGUACAUGUACCAAGUUGUUACUAGUUGUUGGUAUUUGAACAUGUAGCAAGUUGUUACUAGUUGUUGGUAUUUGAACAUGUACCAAGUUGUUACUAGUUGUUGGUAUUUGUACAUGUACCAAGUUGUUACUAGUUGUUGGUAUUUGAACAUGUACCAAGUUGUUACUAGUUGUUGGUAUUUGAACAUGUACCAAGUUGUUACUAGUUGUUGGUAUUUGUACAUAUACCAAGUUGUUACUAGGACAAGCACUGAAACGCACCUCUCCUCCACAAACUGAAAAUUGGAUCGGAAGAAAAAUAUAUAUAUAUAUAUAUAUUUAGCACAACAUUUUGUUGAGCCUGUAUUUUCUGAGACAGAAACUGGUGAACAUUUUGGAUAAAAACUUUUCUAUGAUAAAAAAAAAGAUAACAAUACAAUAAUUUUACAACUGGCCUGUUUAGAGACAAAAUGGAGGGCUGUCAAAAUGGCAGAGGAGCCAGGAAGUAGGACUGGACUCCUCAGGCGUGCCCCAGCAGGGCUUCUGCUUCGUUUCCUGUGAAGAAGUUGGAGAAUUUCAUGACCUUAUAAGCUAUUUAAGAGACUGCAUAACGAUAUGUAAAAAAAAAUGUACGAAAACAUUUUCUUUGCUUCUUUGUGCUAUAAGAGUUUGGAGACAAAAAAAUAUGGAUUUAUAAAAAAUAUUAACAGACAGCAAGCAAGACAAACUACCACCAGUGCCAUCAUGGUUAGUCGGUGUGUAGAGGAGGCCAUUCUGAUCCAUUGAGGAAAAGUAUAACGCUUGUCUACUAUUCCAUUAAUACAUCAUGAAGUUUACUAUGGAAGGGGUCAGAGGAUUGCAUUGGACUAGAUGUUUUCUCUCUUUGACACAGGUGCUGUAUCUGUGUGUUCUGGCACACCUCUUAGAGUGAGCAUUUCAUUUAGAUAUUAACAACAAGAGAUGUUCACACAAGCACACCGAAACAGCAUACACACUUGUCUUCAUUAUGUGUCUGUGAGCAUUUGGGUUAAAACCCAAAAGUCUUAUCUUAUAAAGAUAAACUUUGUGAUAAUUUUGUAUCUGGGUGCAAUCUGAAGCCCAGAUUUGAACACAGGACUUCUGCUGGGUUUCCCCCUGGGACUGUUGGUUAAAACUAGCUGAACCCGGCUUUACUGCUUUCCAUUUGAUUAGCGAGAGUUGGCAUGACUUGCUCAAAUGAAGAUCGAAAAUACAAUUUUUGAAUACUAUGAUUUUAGGGCUGGAAGUGGCGCCUUUAGCCAGAACCACAACAUUUUAUUUUUUAAUUAAAUGAUGGUAUGUAAAUAUAUAUAUAUAUAUAUAUAUAUGUGUUUUGUUUUUUUACAAUAAUGAAUCGCACUUUGUCAUUACAAAAUACUGUUAUAAUGCCUUAUACUCCCAUUAUUGUCUUCAAUCUUACAUUGGAGAGGAUAUAUCCAUGACAACAACAAUACAAAUCCAAGUGAGCAUUUUGUUAUUAUAUGCAACUCAUUUAAAUGCAAUGUAAUCAUGUGUUUAAGACAAAAUAUUGUAAAUAAAAAGAGAGAAAAGGGGUCUACAUGCUUGCUUGCUGAUACAGUUUGGGCUGUUGGAAAAAUGUAAUUCCAAUCUUUUUUGGCACUAAUCAUACCAUUUUUGUUGUCAAUUAACAAUUAAAGACAGUGGGAUGUAGGGUUGCAAGAGAGAAAAUGUCAUGGGCGUCCAACUCUCCUAAAAUGGAUGUAGGGUUGCAAGAGAGAAAAUGUCAUGGGCAUCCAACUCUCCUAAAAUGGAUGUAGGGUUGCAAGAGAGAAAAUGUCAUGGGCGUCCAACUCUCCUAAAAUGGAUGUAGGGUUGCAAGAGAGAAAAUGUCAUGGGCGUCCAACUCUCCUAAAAUGUUGGUAUUUAUUAAUAGGACAAUGAUUCACCCACGUUCCAAGGUGUGAAACACAGUGCUUUUAGACCAAUCAUGGGAAGGCAGUGAUUAUGACAGUCUGAAGACACAUUGCUCAUAUAUUUACCAGAAAAAAAAACAUAAAGAGGAUUCAGAAAAAAUGAUAUAGAUGAUUAAUAAAAAAUACAUUUUUAUAAUGCUCCAGUUCAGAAUGCAAAUUACAAUGUACAUUGUGUUUAUGCUUUUUUCCCUUUGGUUGUUGAUGUUGUUGUUUUAAAUGUGGGAUAUUUUUAUGGCUUGUUUCUUAUGUUCCUUUUUUUCCAAUAGAAAACUCAUAUAUUUUCAUUCAUAUGCAUGACAUUUGAGAAGGUUUGCCAUGCAUAUAGUCAUUAUUGGGCAUUGAUAGUGUACAUGUAAGGAUUGUAUUGUGUUGUACAGCAAGCCUGUCUUUUCUAGAGGAAUCUAACCAUGUUCAUUACAUAGUUCAAGAAAAAUAACUUUACACGUACGCGCAAAAAACCACAACCUGAAGUUCAAACACAAUGCUGGACAACCUCAAGUGCCUGAAAGUGGGCAGAGGCUUUUCCAGAUCAGGAACACUGGCGAUGAAGUAACUGUUUGUAUUUGGCCUCAGUAGGAACGUGCUCAAGAGUCAACUCCACCAUGGGAUGUCAUUACCGUCACAGUGCAGAUGUCAUGCCUGUCACACAGUGCAGAUGUCAUGCCUGUCACACAGUGCAGAUGUCAUUACCGUCACAGUGCAGAUGUCAUGCCUGUCACACAGUGCAGAUGUCAUUACCGUCACAGUGCAGAUGUCAUGCCUGUCACACAGUGCAGAUGUCAUGCCUGUCACACAGUGCAGAUGUCAUGCCUGUCACACAGUGCAGAUGUCAUUACCGUCACAGUGCAGAUGUCAUGCCUGUCACACAGUGCAGAUGUCAUUACCGUCACAGUGCAGAUGUCAUGCCUGUCACACAGUGCAGAUGUCAUGCCUGUCACACAGUGCAGACACUGUCGACGGAGGGGACAUUCUCUCUUCUCUCUGCACUAUCCCUCUGGAUAGGCCUGACUUGACUACAUGGCUCAAGCUACAAGAUGCAGCUUUUUCCCCCCAGUAUUUCUAACCCAAUGCAGUUUAAGGCGGUAAUUACAUUUACUCUUCUUCUUUUUGAACAGAAACAAUUUAACGACUUAUAAUUAUUUAAAAAUAAAAAAUAAAAAAAAAUCUAAUGAGGCAUUUUGAAUGAUCCCUUUAAUUCAUUCAGAAAUGUUAUUUUUGAGAUAUGCAUGUCAAAAAUAAUUCUAGGUAACAACAGAUACCAUAGCUAUGCGGUAUUAUGAGGUUCACUCUAGGUUGUAGAAAAAGAUGACCUACCAUUUUUAUGUGAUUUGGUCUGUCUAUCCAAAGGUGGACAUCUCUAACUAGUGAAGAAGGCAUUAUGUCCAAGCCCCAUGUCUUAACAAACAUUAGAAAGGCCAAUGUUAUUUAGAGACUGACACUGAGUCUGUGACUUUUGCAGACCUAAAAUUGGUACAUUUUAUAGUUGUUUUUACACUCGAGUGAAUUGAUAUUUGUAGUUUCCUUUUCAUGGUUUUCUACAAAAAAAAGGGAGAAAAUGACGACAUUGGCUCUUUGCUCCCAAGUAAAAGAAAAAAACGGAUAAAUGAUUUAUUAUUUUUUAAAUAAGAAUCAUUUUGCUAAAUGGAGGACAAAGAAGAAGCAAUAACAGUAGAACAUAUACAACUAGCCAGUGUGAAGAUUUAAAAAUAAGAAUUUUACAAGUGUAUAUAAUCUUUCAUUUUUACAAUAUUGUAUUAUAUAUGUACAUGGUGUUUCCUUUUUAUCCAAAACAAAAUCUUUUCUCACAGCUGUCUUGUUUUGUUUUGGCUUGUGUUUUAACCAAGAACAUGUUUCAAAAACAGUUAUUGCAUUAGAGAAUAUUCUCUACGUAAACAUGUUGCUUAUCCAAUUAUUUCCAUUUUUAUUUUACCUUAAGGUCUUUAUAUUGAAAUACUUUUUUCACCGGUUCAUUUAUUCAAUAUCAGAUAGUGUACAGAGCCUUCACAAAGUGUUCAUACCCCUUGACUUAUUCCACAUUUUGUUGUGUUCCAGCCUGAAUAAAACAAGUUUUAAAUAUAUUUUUUGUCUCACCCAUGUACUCACAAAACCCCAUAAUGACAAAGUGAAAACAUGUUUUAGACAAUUCUGCUAAUUUAUUGAAAAUGAAAUACAGAAAUAUCUUAAUUUACAUAAGUAUUCUCAUCCCCGAGUCAAUACUUUGUAGAAGUACCUUUGGCAGCAAUUCCAGCUGUGAGUCUUUCUGGGUACGUUUCUAAGAGCUUUCCACACCUGGAUUGUGUCACAUUUGCCCAUCAUUAUUUUUUUUAAAUCUUCAAGCUCGGUCAAAUGGGGUGUUGAUCAUUGCUAGACAACCGUUUUCAGGUCUUGCCAUAUAUUUUCAAGUAGAUUUAAGUCAAAACUGACUCGGCCAUUUAGGAACAUUCAGGGUUUUCUUAGUUAGCAACUCCAGUGUAGAUUUGGCCUUGUGUUUGAGGUUAUGGUCCUGCUGAAAGGGGAAUACAUCUCCCAGUGUCUGGUGGAAAGCAGACUGAACCAGAUUUUCCUUUAGGAUUUUGCUUGUGCUUAGAACCAUUCUGUUUCUUUUUUUAUCCUGAAAAGUCCUUCACGAUUAUAAGCAUACCCAUAACAUGAUGCAGCCACACUAUGCUUGAAAAUAUGGAGAAUUGUACUCAGUCAUAUGUUGUAUUCAGGACAAAAAGUUAUUUCACUCUGUCAAUUAGGUUAGUAUUGUGGAGAACUACAAUAUUGUUGAUCCAUCCUCAGUUGUCUCCUAUCACAGCCAUUAAACUCUAUACUUUUUUAAAAGUCACCAUUGGCCUCAUGGUGUAAUCCUAGAGUGGUUUCUUUCCUCUCCGUCAUUUGAGUUAGGAAGGACGCCUCUUUGUAGUGACUGCGUGUUUUGAUACAACAUCCAAAGUGUAAUUAAUAUGCUCAAAGGGAUAUUCAAUGUCUGGGAUAUUCAAUGUCUGUUUUUUUACCCAUCUACCAAUAGGUACCCUUUGUGGGGCAUUGAAAAACCUCCAUGGUCUUUGUGGUUGAAUCUGUGUUUGAAAUUGACUGCUCGACUGAGGGACCUUACACGUAAUUGUAUGUGUGGGGUACAGAGAUGAGGUAGUCAUUCAAAAAUCAUGUUUAACACUAUUAUUGCACACAGAGUGAGUCCAUGCAACGUAUUAUGUGACUUGUUAAGCACAUUUUUACUCCUGAACUUAUUUAGACUGGCCAUGACAAAGGUGUUGAAUACUUAUUGACUCAAGACAAUUCAUCUUUUCGUUUCUAAUUUGUUAAAAUUUCGGAAAACAUAAUUCCGCUUUGACAUUAUGGGGUAUUGUGUGACUCUAAAUGUAAUACAUUUUAAAUUCAGGCUGUCACAACAAAAUGUGGAAAAAGUCAAGGGGUGUGAAUACUUUCUGAAUGCACUGUAUGGAAUGUGUUAUUCAAUGUGUUUCUAUGGGUUAAUAGCAGUAAGGCCAAAUUCAAUGUUUCAUCAAGUAAUGGUAGAAAUGGGUCAGAACUAUCGCCACCUCGCAGGUUUUUUACCCAUCCUCAUGUAUAUUUUAGCCCUACGCUGCUGCUAAUACUAUAUCAACUUUACAAUUCUAGAAAUAUUUUUAUGUAAGAGGUAAAUGUAUGCUUUCUCGUUUAUUAAUGACGCAUAUAUAGUAUGAGGAAAACGCUUGGCUUAUUUAUCUACUCCUUCCUCUCCCUUGCCCCCCCCCCCCCCCCCAUCCAUCGACACCCUCUCACAACACGGACUAUAUUGUAAAGUAAAGGACUUUAUGAGAUUAUGUUUGGAAAUAGCUAUGCUUAUAUACCACAGUGACUGAAUGUACAGUGUAUAGAUGCAUUAGCAGAAAUAAAGUUGUUUGUCCAGAUUAAA